AUGCGCGAGGCACAGACAGAGGAGAAGCGUCAGCGCAAGGCAGCCGAAGUAGUGGCCGACCGCGCUGCUGCUACUGCUGCCAUCACCACCACUACGACCACGACAGCUGCCGCACCGGCAGAGCAGCCAAAGGCAAAGGCUGCCACCGUCACACCUGCUCCGGCGCGGGUUGCGCCGUCUUCCAAAAGUGUCCAACCAUUGUACAAGACUGUGAGCAAGCCGCUGGCAGCCGAUGCGCCUCAAGUCGUCACCAUCUACUAUGGUAGCAAGACUGGUACAGCCGAGGGGUUUGCGAACCGCCUAUCCAACGCGCUGAGCCAAGCUACGACAGCCCCAGUCACCGUUGCCUCCCUUGCCGAGUACGACAUCGACAAGCUGUCGGCAGAGAAGGGCAUUGUCAUCUUCAUCACUGCCACAUAUGAGCACGGUUCUCCGCCCGACAAUGCAAACUGGUUUCACACCACCCUGCUCGACGCUGCCAACGACUUUCGGGUCAAAAAGACACAGCUCGCCAAUGUGCGCUACGCCGUCUUUGGUCUGGGCAACAGCCUUUAUCGUGACAAUUUCAACCGCGUCGCACGCGAGAUCGAUGUUUCCAUUGCCGCGCUUUCCGGCCUUCGCAUCGUGCCCACUGCCCUAGGUGAUGAGAACGUUGCCAACAGCAAAACCGGAAGCCUUGAAGGCGACUUUGAGGCCUGGUUGCAGGAAGCCGUCGCCCGCAUUCCUGCUGCUCUCCAAGGCUCAGCAGUGGAAGCCUAUGAGACGGAUGGUGAAGCCGACAGCGAGGAGGAGGAUGAGGCGGAUGAUGGCAUGGUUGACCUCGAAGAUCUUGGCAAUGCUCUUGUCAAGGGCCGCGCGCAGCGCCAGGCUCAGGAUCAAGACGCGCGUGUGGGCAAGCCUCGUGCUAUGAUCACACCGGCCCUGCGCAAAGCCCUCACUAAGCAAGGAUACAAGCUGAUCGGCUCGCAUUCGGGAGUCAAGCUCUGUCGCUGGACCAAGAGCAUGCUCCGUGGUCGCGGCGGCUGUUACAAACAUACCUUUUACGGCAUCGCCAGUCAUCGCUGCAUGGAAACGACCCCGUCUUUGGCCUGUGCCAACAAAUGUGUCUUCUGCUGGAGGCACCACACCAAUCCCGUGGGAACUGAGUGGCGCUGGCAGAUGGAUGAACCCAUUGAAAUUGUCAACGGAGCCAUGCAAAACCAUUAUGACAUGGUGCGCCAGUUUUCGGGUGCGCCAGGCGUUAUGCCUGAGCGAAUGCGGGAGGCUAUGGAGAUUCGUCAUUGUGCACUCUCUCUGGUCGGCGAACCCAUCAUGUACCCCAAGAUCAACGAGUUUCUUGACCUUUUGCACGACCGCAACAUCUCCUCCUUCUUGGUCACCAAUGCUCAAUUUCCCGAUGCCAUCGCCAACCUCCGCCCCUGCUGCCAGCUUUACGUCAGUAUCGAUGCUAGCAAUGAGCAAAGUUUGAAGCAGAUUGAUCGGCCUCUGUUCAAAGAUUACUGGCCUCGUUUCUUGGAAUGCUUGCGCGAGCUGGGUCGCAAGGGCCAACGUACAGUGUAUCGCUUGACCGUGGUCAAGGCAUGGAACGAUGAUGAGAUUCGUGGCUACGCGGACCUCGUCCAGCUCGGCGAGCCAGACUUUAUUGAAGUCAAGGGCGUGACAUUCUGUGGCACCUCCAAAGCCUCGUCCCUGACCAUGGACAACGUGCCCUUUCACGAGGAGGUGGUGGGCUUUGUGCAAACACUCGUGGAUAUGCUGCCCGAUUAUGAGCUCGUUUGUGAGCACGAGCAUUCCAACUCCGUGUUGGCCGUGCACAAGCGGCUGUUUGUUGGGGGUCGCUGGCACACAUGGAUUGACUAUCCUCGCUUCAUCGACCUUGUUCGCUCUGGCAAACCGUUUUCGACCGUCGAUUACAUGGCCCCAACGCCCGAAUGGGCCAUCUUGGGUCACGGUGCUCGCGGCUUUGAUCCGGUUGAGGUCCGACACCGCCGUAACAAGCCAACCGGCUCGGGUUGCUGA